GGAUGGACGAGUUCGCUGUUGUGGUGUUUAGUAUGCUGUUGUGUCUCACGGAGUUACGAGUUUAUGUUCCACAAAAGAAUAACGUUUGCUCCCGAGUUCGACACCCCACUUCAGACUUUACGCGAAUAAUGUCGCAAAUUUAUGUUAUUCCUGUACAUUUAAGAGAUGACAGUCAGAAUAUUACGAGAAUGAAGUAGUAAGGUAGUAAAGGAAGGAAAAUUUCCUCUUGCUUCAGGGCAAGCUUUCAUUUAAAAACGUGGCACAAAACAGCAAGUUUACGGUUUAGAAAGUUUUGUGAUGCAUUUAUUUUUUGUUUUUGUCCGUGACAGGUAAAGCCGAAGUCUUUGUUUAUGCUGUAGAUGUGGUUUGUGUUCACCACCAGAUGGCGACAGAGAUGCUGUAGUCGAACUUUUUAUGGCGCAUUCUUGGACCGCCACGUUACUGUUGACCUUUUUUUGUUUUGAACACUCUAAAAAGUGAAAAGUAGAUAUAAUUGUUAACCCUAUUAGUGUUGGUAUACAAAUAUUUCGUGCCAAUGCAAUGCAUCGUCAUUGUGGUCACGCAAACGUUUAUGCAGGUAUGAAGAUCAGUUAAAAGACACAUACAGCAAAGCAGUUCCUUGUCCAGGUCUACACUUUCGAUAAGGACCUGGCUAAAAAGAGAUGUCAGUCAAAUUUGCAUCUGUGUUCCCCACCCUGUUUCCUGUCAGUGUUUAGGGUGGAGCCAGCAAGAUAUGUGUACUAAAGUCACACAGUCGGAGACGAACACUCGCUCCCCGUCAGGCAACCUGACAACAGGAAGUAGCAAUGGAAAAGUGGACCUCCUCACUCGUCUGUCAAGUUUAGAGCACCGAUGGCAAACGCAAACUUCACUGCCAAUCCCUCGGAGGAAGAGCGGUUUUGUCCGCUGCUGCAGCUCAUGCAGGGACACGCCCUGAACAACAACAACACCAAGACCAACUGGAUUGUGGUCUGCUUUCACGGUCUGGUCUCCUGCCUUGGGAUUUUGGAGAACGCCCUGAUCCUAUGGGUGGUCGGUUACCGCCUGCAGCGCCGCACCGUGGCCUCGGUUUGGGUGCUCAACCUGGCCAUGUCUGACUUCCUCGCCACGUUGACACUCCCCCUUUUCACGCUCUACCUUAGCUCCUCCCACAGCUGGGAGCUCGGGAACCCUCUCUGCAAAAUACAAGCCUCCAUAUUUUUCUUGAACAUGUUCGUGUCCGCGUUCCUGUUAGCGGCCAUUUCACUCGACCGCUGCCUUCUGGUGGUCAAGCCGGUGUGGUGCCAGAAUCAUCGAUCGGUUCCACGGGCGUGGAGAGUGUGUAUGCUGGCGUGGCUUUGGGCGGCAAUCAACACAUUUCCGUACUUCCUGUUUCGUUCUGUGACUGACACGGUGGAUCAACGGAAGCUAUGCUAUCAUAAUUUUGCCUUGUAUCAAUGGUCCGAAGCCACGCUCGAGAGAGACUGCGAAGUAAGGCAAACGGCGACGACUAUUUCCAAGAUGUUGCUGGCGUUCCUGAUUCCGCUUGUGGUCAUCGCCGGAAGUUACAUCACAAUCGGGCUCAGCUUGAGGAACAGGAAUCGUAGGAGGCUGCGGAGUACAAGGGUACAUACGGCGUUAAUUGCUUCGGAUAAUAACAACGGAUCGGGAGCUACGAGUCCAUCAUCACGGAACGGCACUUUCAAGCCUACGUUGUUUGGCCGAUCUUUAUCCCUUUCGGCCGCUUCCUCGUCAUCCUUCAACAGCCACAGCCAACUUUCCCAGAGCUUCACCAAAAUGGUGACGUUUGUGAUUGCGGCGUUUGCGAUGUGCUGGGCUCCCUAUCACAUCUUUUGUAUGAUCGAGGUAUCGGCGCUGUACUACGGGGACUACCUCAAAGCGGUGGAGGUGGGAUUGCCUCUCGCCACGACCAUCGCGUUUCUGAAUCCGGUGUUGAAUCCGAUUCUUUACGCCUUCAGCUGCCCGCACUUUUGCGUGAGAAUACGACAAAGUCUCGGAGCAGUCUUUGACGGACUUGUCGAAGAGGGAGGAGGGAAACUGUUGUCCCCCGGAAGGAGCAUACGAGCUCAUAUCAGACAAAAAAGCGGACGAGCUUCACCGAGUCCGACUUUGCCGAAGACUCAGCCUGGAACCCUGCCCGUCUACGCCCCAUCUCACAAUCCAGGCACCCCCUCCUUCUACGCUCCAUCUCACAAUCAGUAAGAGGACUGAGAUUCAGAUAAAAACCGAAAUUAUGACACUUUUGAUACUUUGUUGUAAAAGUCCAAUUCCCUCCUGGUGAGCUUGGGUAUAUGAUCAAAUCCAAUCAUGGGACCGCAUUCAUCCACAGUUAUGAAUACUUUACAACAGGGGUCUCAAACUCAAUUUACUUGGGGGCCACUGGAGCUAGGGUCUGGGAGAGACUGGGCCGCAUCAGGUCCCCCCCCCCCCCAAAAAAAAACAAAAAAACACAUUUAUUAAAAACAGAAAAAUGAAUAAACUUUGCUUUGGUUUCGAUUUUCUACAAGAAAAGCUCUGAUAAAACAUUCCACUGUUCUCAAAUAUCUUAAUUUUUAUUUUUCUGCACAAAAUAAGAUGAAAAUAAAUAAACAAAUCAAGAAUAAAGAAAAUCGAUCAAUCAGUAAUAAAUAAGUAUAAUAAUAAUAAUAAAACGGCAAAUAAUAAAAACUUAAGAAACCACAUAUAGUUGGUAGGUAGACAAUUUUUUUUCAGAUUAAAAUGAACAAAGCAUUAUUAGAGCCCUGUAGACAUGAUAAAACACGACUAUAGUCACAUUUAUACUCUUUUUAUUUACAACAUAUUGCGCAACUGCAGGGUCUUGAGACACAUGCUAACUCGCGAACUAGAGAGCUAGCGACCUAAACGGUAGCCUUCAAGUUAUUUCUUUUCAACUUAAAUAGCCAAAAACUUACCACUUCCACACUGAUAGGGAGGUUUAACUAUUAAUAAUAAUUAAUACAGUUAUUUAACCUUUAACAUGAACAUUAAUCAAACGUAAUAAUUUUUUCUGGGUACAUGAUACCAUACAGCAUCCAUAUCAAACUUGCGCGGGCCGCACUAAUAUUAAACUUUCAUAUCAAGGCGGGGGCCUCAAACUAGUGUCCUGCGUGCCACAUUUGGCCCGCGGACCGCGUGUUUGAGACCCCUGCUUUACAAUAACGUACACAAUGACAGUAGUUAGUGAGGAACCAACCUACCUCACCCUAACCACUACUCGUUAGUUCUUCAUGAGUUCCUCAGUAACUACACUAUUUUGGUAGCUAGCUAGGUACAUACUUUAUUCAACCCCAUGUUCCAGCAUACUUGGUGUAUACUUCAUACUUCAUUUUGUGUACCUUACUGCAAAGUGAGAUGGCUUUUUUUUCUGUGGAAAGACGGCAGCGACAAGGACAUUCCCGCUCACAUUCGUCCCCCAUCCCUUUAGGAUGGAGCGGUACUACAAGUGUCUCCCGUAUGACAUUUCUAUAUUCAUGUUAUUGUUUCCGCAACAUUAUACGUAUGGCGCCAUGAGCCAACGCGGUGUGCACUCAGAUAGUAGGCGGGGCUUGUCCACUAAUGGUGGUCCCAACUGAGGUUUAUUCCCUGUAUUUACUCCGUAAAUAUCCACAUUCCAUGACUUUUUACUUCAGAAAAUGCUCAAAGCGAUUAGAACCGUACAGAAAACACAUUUAUAAUAAAGUUCAAUGGACAAAUAUUAAUAUCUAUUUUGUUUUUAUUUCUUUUGGGGUAUUUUUCAUCACCUGACUACUCAAAGCGCUUUGUAAUGGCAAUGGUUUUAUUUCAUUUGAACAUGCAUCAGAUUACAAUUGAGUGCAUCACAUAAUCAGUUCACAGUUCCUUAUUUUUAUUUUUAUUUUUAUUUUUAUUUUUAUUUUUAUUUUUAUUUUUAUUUUUAUUUUUAUUUUUAUUUUUAUUUUUAUUUUUAUUUUUAUUUUUAUUUUUAUUUUUAUUUUUAUUUUUAUUUUUAUUUUUAUUUUUAUUUUUAUUUUUAUUUUUAUUUUUAUUUAUUUUUUACUUGAAUUAGCUUGAGUCUGUUUGCAAAGAAUAUGCUUCAUAUUUACCUCCAUUUUCACACAACAAAGAACACUCACAGUGCAACUAAAACAGACUGAUUCAUAACCCGCAAGGCAUGCUGGGAAGCACUUGCCCAAUAGAAAGUUACCUAGCAUGCCUUGCGGCUGAUAAAAUAGUAUUUUUUGCAUGUAUAUGAGUGUGUUCACAUUUACCUUCAUUUUCACACACCAAAAAACACCACUCACAGUGCAACUAAAACAGACUGAUUUAUAACCCGCAAGGCAUGCUGGGAUACCUUGCGGAUUAUAAAAGAGUAUUUUUUGCAUGUAUAUUCGUGUGUUCACAUUUACCUCCAUUUUCACACAUCAAGAACAUUCACCGCUCACAGUGCAACUAAAACAGACUGAUUUAUAACCUGCAAGGUAUGCUGGGAUACCUUGCGUAUUUUUUGCAUGUAUAUUAGUGUGUUCACAGUUACCUCCAUUUUCACACACCAAAAAACACCACUCACAGUGCAACUAAAACAGACUGAUUUAUAACCCGCAAGGCAUGCUGGGAUACCUUGCGGAUUAUUAAAGAGUAUUUUUUGCAUGUAUAUUAGUGUGUUCACAUUUACCUCCUUUUUCACACACCAAAAACACUCACCACUGACAGUGCAACUAAAACAGACUGAUUUAUAACCCGCAAGGCAUGCUGGGAAGCACUUCCCCAAUAGAAAGUUACCUAGCAUGCCUUGUGGAUUAUAAAAUAGUAUUUUUGCAUGUAUAUUAGUGCCUACUUGGGUCCACAUACACUGCUAAUAGACUUUCCAUUUUCCAUCACUAGAGGGCGGUCUACUGCCCCACCCCUCGCCUCAUCCAAGGCAUUAGCAUAAAACAUGAUAAAGAAGGAUUAUGCUUUUCAGGUCCCGUAAUCCAAGAGCACUAUAAAUCCGCACCGCUGAACAUUUGACCACUUUUCAGAAAGACUGGAUUUGAUUGAUUCCUAUCAGAUCCUCAUUGUGAUUGACGGUCUCAUCGCCGCCGCCGCCGUCCAAAUGGUCUGGUUACGCCAAACUCAGACGUACGCAGGCGGGGAGGUGUAAUGUGGGUCACGCUGACGUGGGAUUACCACGGAGGUGGUUGUAAUUUGGAGAGAAUAUUAAAGAGAGAAGAUGAGAAAUAUAAAAAAAAACGGAACAGGAUUAAGAGGAAAGACUCCGACCCGCAUCCAGUAUGGUACACCACUCCCUUUUCAUCCCUAGCCAUUCCGUCCUGGCAGAUUAUCUGCCUGCAGUUGGGACAUUUGUGACCCAUUGUUCUCCUCUGGAGACCACGAUGGGGCAUGUAGAGGAACAGUAUGUUGCAUUAAAAAUGUUUCUCUAUCUUGACAUUAACUGGUUAACUAUUCACGUUACAGUUGCUAAAAUUAUUGUUCAAGUUGGAUUUGAGCUAAAGAAGAAUAGGACAUUUAAAGCAUUGCUUGAAAGGAUUUCAUGGACUAAUACCGUGCUUAUAGUUGACAGAUGCUGCGUACAUGUGUUGCAUGUAAGCCAUUUUCUUUUGACCACUGAGCACUCAUGCAAGCGAUGCUAUAUAUAUAUAUAUAUAUAUUUUAGUAUUGUUGCUGUGUGUUAAAUAUUGGAAUGUACACAGCUGAACAAAAUCUUAAAUUUAAGUUACCAUAUUUUCCUCACUAUAAGUCGCACUUUUUUUCAUCGGUUGGCUGUUCCUGCGACUUAUACUCUAGAGCAGGGGUCUCAAACAUGCGGCCCGUGGGCCCAAUGUGGCCCGCAGGACACUAGUUUGAGGCCCCCGCCUU